AUGAUCACUGUGCAGAGUUUGCCUAUUCUCCAAUUUCCUAGACAAGGAAAGAAAACUAAGGAUAACAGCCCUUAUCGAUUGCGAAAUUCAUUAUCAAGCCGUAACUUAUCAUAUCAGCUUUUAGCUCUUGAUUCUGUUUCAACAGUCCAAUUACUAGGAUCAUGCACUGGUUCCAGGAAUUUAGAAUUGGGUUCUUGCAUUCACGCCGUAGUACUGAAGUCUAGGUUGCAAACAAGUGUCUUUGUUAACAACUCUCUUCUGGAUAUGUACACGAAAUGUGGAUGUAUUGAAGAAGCCAAAAAUCUGUUUGAUAAUAUGCCUGAGAGAACCGUGGCAUCAUGGACAUCGAUGAUUUCAGGUUACUGCUACAACGGGUUGCCUGACGAAGGGGUUUCCACUUUUGUUCAGAUGCUGGAGAAUGAGUACCCCAACGAAUUCACGCUAGCAGCUGCUUUACAAGCUGUUGCACAACAUUUCAAUCCUAGUUUCAUCUGUAUUUUACACGGUUACAUAGUCAAGAGUGGACUUCUCGAAGAUAACUUUCUGCAGAACUCUUUGAUUAGUGCAUAUGCAAAAUCUGGUAUUCUAGAAGAUGCAAUUAAGCUCCUUGAGAGAUUUAGUUCCAGGGAUGUUGUUUCUUGGACUUGUGUUAUUUCAGGUUCUGUGCUACAUGGAUUCAUGCAAGAAGCGCUUCUAGCAUUCUUCAGGAUGCAAGAAGACGGCGUUAUGCCGAAUGAGGUGACAAUUUUGAGCAUUAUACAUGCAUGUUCCUUCAUUGGACGACUGCAGAUAAUACAAUGUGUUCAUGGGUUGGUUUCAAAACUGGGGUGGUGUCGACAGGAACUUGUAUUGAAUUCUAUGGCUGAGAUGUACUUAACUAACGGGUACUUCAGAGAUGGAAUACAACUUUUUUCAGGAUAUUGUUUUUAUGGUGAAGAACAAUAUCUUAACCCGGCGACAAUGGCUACUCUCCUGCAGUUUUGUGGUCAUUCCAAUAAUUUGAAGCUGGGGAAAGAACUCCAUGGUUACCUAAUCAAGCAUAGAUUUUCUUCUUGUGUUGUAGAAAAUUCCCUGAUCGACAUGUAUGCAGAAAAUGAGCAAAACGAUUCAGUCAUUCGAGUCUUUGCAAGGAUGAAUGAGAGAGACAUUGUUUCCUGGAAUUCAUUGAUUACGUGUCUCAUAAAAAAUGGUGAAUUCCAUGAAGCCUUAGAGUUAUUUAAACAUAUGCACUGCAACGCUAGAGGAGAGAUGCGUCCAGAUUUCAUCAGCACAUUGGCAUCCAUUCAAGCUUGUUCAAACUUGUCUUCACUCAUGCCAGGGCAAAUUAUUCAUGGUUACGUAACAAAAGCUGGAUUAAUAUCUGAUAUCUUCAUUCAAAAUGCUUUGAUAGACAUGUAUGGAAGAUCAGGCAGGUUGAGUUUAGCAGAGAAAAUCUUCAAGGAAAUGCCCGCAAAAGAUCCAAGUUCAUGGAAUACAUUAAUUGCUGCAUACGGAAUCAAUGGAAAUGGGAGGCUUGCUCUACAGGCUUUCUCCAAGCUGAAUACAUCCAGUCCGUACAAGCCUAAUGCUAUCACCUUCACCAACAUCCUUUCUGCAUGCUCCCAUACAGGACUGGUUGAAGAAGGCUACGAAAUCUUCAACCGCAUGCAGAAAGAGUGGGGAGUGGAACCAGGUAUGGAACAUUUUGUUUGCAUGGUGGAUCUGUUAGGGAGGUCGGGAAAACUUGAGGAAGCGGAAGCCUUUAUAAAGGAAAUGCCUAUUACACCAAGCGAUGAUGUAUGGUAUGCUUUAUUGGGUGCAUGUGGGUUCCAUGGAAAUAUCUGCAUAGCUGAAAGAGUAGCAGAGAAGCUGUCUAUCCAGGAUCCCGAAGGCAUAGUUUGGAGGGUAGCAUUAUCAAACAUUCAUGCUAGCAGGGGCCAGUGGGAAGAUGUUGUCAAGGUUAGGGCUCAGCUUAGACAAGGUAUGAAAAAGGAUGGCGGAUGGAGCACUGUUGAGGUAGAAGGAGUGAUGUUCAAGUUCAUGGUAAAUGAUACAAGACACCUAGACAGUAAAUCUAUCUAUGCUGCUGUAAAUGGAAUCAUGAAACAUGUAAAAGAAUGCGUUAUAAAUUGA